CGUUAAGCCACAGGGUAGCCAGCACUAGCCAGCCUGCACCUACGUCCGAAGAUCUGCAACGAACCUGGUUUAGCCUGUGGUGCAAACCCGUUCCGGCGUCCAUCGCGAUCUGCUUGCAGUUUACUUACGACCGCUGGCUAGCAAGUUGCGCAUUAACGGCUUUCAGGGAUCCCCCUUCCUCAAAAGCAAAGAAACCGUGAUUGCGAAGAACAGCAGCGGGGACGUCCUUGUCCCCCGCCGGUCUCUCGCGUCGCCUCUGCACCCUUUCGGGAGGCUUCAGGCUGUAGGGGGCGCUUCGCCUCCUGCGCGGCCAAUGGCAUCUGCGGCCAGUGCGCAUGCACCUCCGGAUCAGGCCGGGGGAAGUCGAGAAAGAGACGAAGAGAACCUUUGCCAGACUUUCAAGGGGGGGCGGCGCGUAGGUAAAGAACGAGAGUCCAUGAAUUUUCCAAGCGUAGCCAAUCUCUUGAGAGGACUGAGCAGGUGGCCCUAAGGCAGCGGCACGCUGGGUUUGUGAGGGUGCGCGCGCGUGUCUUUAAAGAAACAUGCCAAGAAAACGGGUAUUAGAAAAAGAUGACAUUCUGAAAGCGAAACGGACCAAAGUUAGCCAUCCAUCACACCAAAGUGGGCCAGGUCUGGUGUUGACCCUGGGGCAAGGUGAUCUUGGACAGUUGGGCCUUGGACCAGAUGUGCUGGCACGGAAGAGGCCUGCCCUGGUGCAGCUCCCUGAGAAAAUCAUCCAGGCUGAGGCAGGAGGAGUUCAUACAGUGUGUCUCACCGAAACAGGCAAAAUCUACACCUUUGGCUGCAAUGACGAGGGGGCCCUGGGGAGGGACACUUCAGAGGAAGGGUCUGACUCUGUGCCAGGCUUGGUCGAUCUGAAGGAGAAGGUGGUGCAGGUGUCUGCUGGGGACAGUCACACAGCAGCAUUGACAGAAGAUGGGCAUGUCUUCAUUUGGGGUGCUUUCCGGGAUGAAAAUGGCGUUAUUGGCUUGCUGGCUCCUGUGAAAGGUGAAGAGGGUUUGGAGUCCACCAGCGGCAGCUUGUUCCCAGUGGAACUGCAGCUGGAUGUCCCAGUUGUUAAAAUUGCCUCUGGGAGCCAUCACUUAGCCCUAGUGUCCAGUACGGGCAACCUUUACACCUGUGGAUGUGGAGACAACGGCCAGCUGGGACGUGUACCCCAAAUUUUUGUUGUCCGAGGAGGAAGACGGGGUUUGGAGCGGCUGUUGCUCCCCCAAGUGGUCACCAUAAAGCAGAGAGGCUGUAAGACCAAAGGAAACAUCAAGGAUGUCUUUUGUGGCUCUUACUCCACUAUUGCCAUCACCCAGGAGGGACACGUUGUUGGGUUUGGCCUCUCCAAUUAUUACCAGUUGGGUUCCCAAGAAAUUGAGACCUAUUAUUCUCCAAAGAUUCUGACAGCAUUUAAGAAUUCCACCCGAUCGUGGGUUGGGUUCUCUGCUGGGCAGCAUCACACUGUGUGUCUGGAUUCAGAAGGCACUGUGUAUAGUCUUGGGCGAGCAGACUAUGGUAUGCUGGGCCUAGGAAAAGGAGUUGGUGAGAAGAACUCUCCUACCGCCAUCCCCGGGUUGCCCAAAUCAUCUUCAGUGGCCUGUGGGGAACGGGUUGGCUAUGCGGUGACAGAAGAUGGUCACGCCUUUGCCUGGGGCAUGGGGUCAAACCUCCAGCUUGCCACAGGAGAUGAAGAGGAUGUCUGGAGCCCUGUUCAGAUGUCUGGCCAGCAGCUGGAGAACCGCAGGGUUCUCUCCGUGACAGCAGGAGGGCAGCACACGGUCUUACUCGUCAAGGACCAACAGAGCUGACAGUCUGUUCCUGCAGUUCCACCAGGAACCCUCCAGGGGGCACUCCCUGUCUGAGUCUUUUGGGGCCAGGUUUUGAAGACUGCUUUUCUUUGGAGAAGAAAAUUAGCUGAGAUAAAAUACUCUUCAGAAUGCUGGAAUUUGUUUAAAUCCAAAGCGGCUUAUCUUGUGGUGUCAAAUUGGAAAUGGAGACAAGCCUUCCCACCCUUAAAAAAAAAAAAAA